GAAGUUCACUUGCAAAGAAGGACCAUUUCCCAAGACGGAGGUGAUAAAUGAUGUAUGAAGCAGGCAUUCAAUUUCAAGGUGUAAAUUAACAGUGUGAGUCAAGGCAGGGAGACCAUCAUCACAUGGACAGAUUUUCCUGUGCUUUUCCUCAAGAACAUAGCUUAUUUAAAUCAUAACUAUAAACUAGAGUUCCUAUGCAGAACACUGUGAGGUUUCUUUGCCAUAGAAAAAGUAAAGUGCUUUGCAAAUAGAAGCAACUUUAUGAAGUAACAGAUGUUGUACAUGCAGACAUAAAGCUGAAUCUGAGUAUAACAAGAAGUGUACGUGUGAGUAAGAAAAGGCCACAGCUGGACACUCCUGGAGACCUGUGGGUUUGACACUCUUUAUUUUUGUAGAGGGUGAACUAUUCCUAGCCACGGGCUUUACUGGCUCAGUGCAUCCCCCAGGUAGUGUCUCAGAAGCCAAGAGAGAUUUCCAUUAGAUAAUGAAUUAUGAAAUGCUUCACACUGGAAAAACUAGUCAUCUGCUGAUGUCAUGCUGAUUCUAACCAAUCCUAAACAAAGCCUCAGCCCUCCUCUCUGAGAGGUACCAAUGUGUGAGUGUACAACUAAGUACUACAGUAUAAAACUUCUCAGUGCCAAUACCUUGAAGAGGAACCCAGACUGCUCUGACCUCAUGAUACAAGAGCCGGCUGGCAAAACAGAAGGGGCCCAGAAGAGAAUUUGCUGAAGAGGAGAAGGAAAAAAAAAGUCCAUAAAAAAUCCUGUGCGUGAGGGGUGGGGAGGAAAAGCAGGGCCUUUAAAGAAGGCAACCACACACGACUUUUGCUGCCAGGAUGCCCUUGCUUUGGCUGAGAGGAUUUCUGUUGGCAAGUUGCUGGAUUAUAGUGAGGAGUUCCCCCACCCCAGGAUCCGAGGGGCACGGUGCAAGCCCGGACUGCCCAUCCUGUGCGCUGGCCACCCUUCCGAAGGAUGGACCUAACUCUCAGCCAGAGAUGGUAGAAGCUGUCAAGAAGCACAUCUUAAACAUGCUGCAUUUGAAGAAGAGACCCGAUGUCACCCAGCCAGUGCCCAAGGCGGCGCUUCUCAACGCGAUCAGGAAGCUUCAUGUGGGUAAAGUAGGAGAGAACGGGUAUGUGGAGAUAGAGGACGACAUUGGUAGGAGGGCCGAAAUGAACGAACUCAUGGAGCAAACCUCGGAGAUCAUCACCUUUGCGGAGUCAGGCACAGCCAGGAAGACAUUGCACUUUGAGAUUUCCAAGGAAGGCAGUGACCUGUCCGUAGUGGAGCGUGCAGAAAUCUGGCUCUUCCUGAAAGUCCCCAAGGCCAACAGGACCAGGACCAAAGUCACCAUCCGUCUAUUUCAGCAGCAGAAGCAUCCACAGGGCAGCUUGGACACUGGGGAUGAGGCUGAGGAAAUAGGCUUAAAGGGGGAGAGGAGUGAACUGUUGCUAUCCGAGAAAGUGGUCGAUGCUCGGAAGAGUACCUGGCACAUCUUUCCAGUGUCUAGCAGCAUCCAGCGCUUGCUGGACCAGGGUAAGAGUUCCCUGGAUGUGCGGAUUGCUUGUGAGCAGUGCCAGGAGAGUGGUGCCAGCCUAGUGCUCCUGGGCAAGAAGAAGAAGAAGGAAGUGGAUGGAGAUGGGAAGAAGAAAGAUGGAAGUGAUGGAGCGGUGGAAGAGGAAAAGGAACAGUCGCACAGACCUUUCCUCAUGCUGCAGGCUCGACAAUCUGAAGACCAUCCUCACCGUAGGCGUAGGCGGGGCUUGGAGUGCGACGGCAAGGUCAACAUCUGCUGUAAGAAACAAUUCUUUGUCAGCUUCAAAGACAUUGGGUGGAAUGACUGGAUCAUCGCUCCUUCUGGCUAUCAUGCCAACUAUUGUGAGGGUGAGUGCCCAAGCCACAUAGCAGGCACCUCUGGGUCCUCGCUCUCCUUUCACUCAACGGUCAUCAACCACUACCGCAUGAGGGGUCACAGCCCCUUCGCCAACCUUAAGUCAUGCUGUGUGCCCACCAAGCUGAGACCCAUGUCUAUGCUGUAUUACGAUGAUGGCCAAAACAUCAUCAAAAAGGACAUUCAGAACAUGAUUGUGGAGGAGUGCGGCUGCUCCUAGAGUUGCCAGGUCCCAGAGGAAACGGAUCUAGAAAGUUCAGAGAAGAUAGUGGCAAAAAUGAAGACAAAUAUAAGAUUUCUGAAUUAAACAAAACAACCAGAAAAAUAGAAAUAAUAAAAAAACCCAUAAAAACAAAAACUAAGCUGAAAGCAAAACCUAAUGAAACAGAUGAAGGAAGAUGUGGAAAAUAUUCUAAGCCAGGGCUCAGACAUGAAGCGGUGAAGCAGACAGGGAUUGGGAGGAAAAGGGAGAAUGGUGUACCCUUCAUUUCUUCCAAGACCAAACUGAUUGCAUCAGUUUUUUUUUCAAACUGGGUAUUGUCCUCUCUCCUGCCUCUUGCUGUUCCCUUGCGAGCCUGGAAGUCUACUUGUCUAUUCUGCAGUAAUGUGGGCUAGCACAACCCAAAUAACGUCUAGAAAGCCAUGAGUUUUAAAGGGCCAGUCCCACCCAGUUACCCAGGUCAUAAGUAUGUCUAUGUGACACUCUCUCUGUGUAUUUCAGCACACACACACACACACACACACACACACACACACACACACACACAGAGGCAUGUCCACACACCACAUGCAUACACAUACUGGUAAAAGAACAAUUAUGUGCAGGUGGUCACAUUUUCUUUUCUGUACCACUUUUGCCACCAGACAAAACCAACAUAAAACAUUGAGAACAAGAACGGAAAGAGAGAAAGAUCAAGGAAUAAAGAAUACCAAGUUACAUUUCGUUAAGGUGCUUAUGAUCUUAGAACUAUGCAACCUAAUAGGUUUGAAACUGUUUACCUGAAAGAGGACAAAAAGAAAGACUUUUUUGUAUUGGAAGUAACCUGAUUAAUUUUUAUUUUCUUCAAGGAGAGAUACUUGAAAGGAAUAUGUUUGUCCAUCUGUUGGAUUCAAACAUUUCUAUAUUUUGUAAAUGUUGUUUUUUUAUCGUUUACUAUUUGCACUACAAUGGUGUUUGACCUGUCUAAUCCCUUAUUUAACAAGUAUUUUCUUUGGGUGGGGGUGGGGGUGGGGUUUAAGAGCUGCACUUCAUGUGAGCUACAAAAGAACUGCUACAGCACACAAAAUAGCUAUUUUUAUUAUUAUAAUUAUAAUUAUUAUUAUUAUUUUGUACCUUAAAAAUAGACACAUACACCAAAGACAUUUGUGUGAGCCUUUAAACAGUCUGUCUGUGGUUGGUUAUGGUUCACCAUCAAUGAGUCAGGGGUAGAGACUUAAGAUUGGGUUAGGUGGAUGGUGUUCAGGCUUAAAAGACCUGAGGUGUUUGGAUUUUUGACUCUUUUUACAUCCAUGAAACAGGACAUUUCAUACUGGAUGUACAGUAGUGUACACUGUUGGAUUAUCAAGUUCAAAUAAUGAGACUACAUGCUUGUAUGUGUAUAUAUACAUUGCUUGUGCAUAUGCAUAUCUGUGUGUAUAUAUACAUGUUUUGUACCAUGUCCAUACACAUUUUAAGCACUUCAGGCUGUCAUUUUUUUAAUGUUCUUAAAACAAUGAAUGUUUGUGUGCAAAACACAGUAUUUUUAAGAAGGAUAAGUGAUAGAUUUUUCUUGCUUUUACUCUGUAUUAGGUGGGUACAUUUCAAAUAUUUGGAUGGGAAAAGGCCUGAAAAUCCCAGUGAGAAUCCAGCCAGGCCCUCUUUAAAUGUACAGGUUGAAAUCUCCCCUCUUCCUCACCCCUGCUCCCUACAAGUUAUCCCCUGUGGGGAAAACGGGAUGUUAAUGAAAAAAUGGGCCGAUUUUUUCAACUUAUAUUUAUUAUUUAUUGGAAUCAAUCUUAAAUCAGAAACUUUUUCAGAAUAAAAUAUCUGUAGGCUAGAGUAAAUUUUUUUGAAUAGUGUUAUUAAUACUUAAAUAAUAAAAUAAGCAGGAAAGUAUUUAAGACAGUGGGAGUUAAGGGAGAGAGCACUUAGGAGUAAGGAGGUAGGAUAGUUGUACAAAUCUCUAAUAUUUUAUUUUACAGCCAAAAAUCUUAAUGUGUAAGUUUGUGUUUUUCGGAGGCAAAACUGAAAAGAUUGUCUUAUAAAGAUCAAAAUGCACACUUAAGCCCUGGUUUCUAAUUUAGCCCAACAUUUCGCUUGUCUAAAACAGCUAAUAAAUUGUUUCUUUAUGUAUUUAAAAUACAGAGCCUUAUUUUUACGGACAUGUUUGAAAAACUUUAUAAAAAUGAAAAACUCUAAUUGAAAAAAAAAAAACGAUAUUCCUCAGUAUUUUAUAAAGUAUUGAAGCUUUUAGCAUUAAGUCAGUCCGUAGAUUAAAGUCGUUGUAGGAAAAUGAGAUACCAGUGAGAAAUUAAAUCUUACAAAAGCUGGCUUAACUCUUAAAAAAAUAAACUAAGUUGAUAUAUAUUAUACAUUCUAAGUCAAUAUACCUUAUCACAUUAGGCUGUAUGUAGGCAAACUACUUUAGUCUUGUUACUGAGUUCCAGGGGCCCUCCCUUUCUUAUGCAGGAAAUGCAUGUACUGCAUAAGAAAUGAAUUACAACUGAGGUCUAUUGACCUUGGAGAUCUUGCAUGUGGGGACAGAUGGCACGGUGAGGACAAAUUGAGGGGAGGUAGACGUCCAGGUUCAACUUUGCCAAUUUUUAUGAAAAGCUUUAGGGCCCUCUGAGCUGUUUCUUUGGUACUUGAGCUAAUCCUGGGACCUAUAGAAAUAGUGUGUGGAGGUCUACUGUGCCAUGUCAAGGGUGACCUAGACCAUACGAAGAGCAGGAUUUAUGAAACUACUAACUCCAGUUCUCAUUCAUAUGAGGUGAAUCUGAAACCUUUUAAAACCCUUUAAAUUCUAGAUGCUUUUGGGGGGAAGCUGGGCUUUAAUGAGUAACCAUAGUAAUUAACUCUAGAAAGAAAUGGGAGUCCAUA